AAAGCCCAGAUGCUGAGAGGUUUUAUCAACCAGCGACUAACUGCGGCUGCUGAAGAGAUAUUUGGGCUGUUUGAAAGAACGAUAUCAGAGUACGAGGAGGAACUCUGUCGUUCCAAAGAGGAGAACCAGAGACACAGGAAACUACUGGACGCUGUUUUCCAGCCUGAAGUCCGGUUACACAGAGCAGACGUCCAGCAGCUGUUGGUGAGUAAAGAAGAGGUUCCACCUGAGCAGCAGCAGUGGAGCCCCAGGCUGGACCAGGAGGACCCACCAGAGCCGUCGCACAUUAAAGAAGAACAGGAGGAACUCACGACCAGUCAGGAGGGAGAGCAGCUUCCAGAGCUGGAGGAGGCUGAUAUCGCCAACUUCCCAAACGUCCAGCAGCUGUUGGUGAGUAAAGAAGAGGUUCCCCCUGAGCAGCAGCAACAGUGGAGCCCCAGGCUGGACCAGGAGGACCCACCAGAGCCGUCGCACAUUAAAGAGGAACAGGAGGAGCUCUGGAACAGUCAGGAGGGAGAGCAGCUUCCAGAGCUGGAGGAGGCUGAUAUCACCAAGUUCUCAUUCACUCCUGUCCCUGUGAAGAGUGAAGAAGAUGAUGAAGAGAAACCUCAGUCCUCACAGCUUCAUCAAAGCCAAACUGAAGAGAAGAGAGAUGUAGACCAUUUGAAAACAGAAACUGAUGGAGAGGACUGUGGAGGGCCAGAACCAGCCAGGAACUUUAAUCCAGAUAGUCCUUUACAAGCAGAUACUCAUGACCAGACUUCACUCUGCUCUGAACCUGAGACUGAUGAUAGUUGUGAUUGGGAGGAGACCAGGGAACCUCAGCCAGGUUUAAACCCUCUGCAAAACAAUGAAGUACCUGUAAGUGAUCAGGAAUGUAACACUGGAGAAACCUCAGUUAGCUCCUCUGAAUGUGCUGCAAGAUUUGGCCACAAGGAUCAUCUGCAGAACCACAAUGGAACCCAAACAGGAGUGAAACCAUUUAGUUGCUCAGUUUGUGGUAAAAGAUUCACAGAAAAGGGAAAUCUGCAACGACACACUACAGUCCACACAGGGGAGAAACCAUUUAGCUGCUCAGUUUGUGGUAAAAGAUGCAAAGACAAGGGAACUCUGAGACGACACUCUACAGUCCACACAGGGGAGAAACCAUUUAGCUGCUCAGUUUGUGGUAAAAGAUUCACAGAAAAGGGAAAUCUUCGACGACACUCUACAGUCCACACAGGGGAGAAACCAUUUAGCUGCUCAGUUUGUGGUAAAAGAUUCGCACGAAAGGGAAAUCUUGGACCACACUUUGCAGUCCACACAGGGGAGAGACCAUUUAGCUGCUCAGUUUGUGGUAAAGGAUUCACAGAAAAGGGAACUCUGAGACUACACGCUAAAGUCCACACAGGGGAGAAACCAUUUAGCUGCUCAGUUUGUGGUAAAAGAUUUGCACAAAAGGGAACUCUGAGACUACACGCUAAAGUCCACACAGGGGAGAAACCAUUUAGCUGCUCAGUUUGUGGUAAAAGAUUCACAGAAAAGGGAAAUCUAAGACGACACUCUAAAAUUCACACGGGAGAAACCGUUUAGUUUAGUUUUGUGGUAAAAUAUUUACUCGGCUCCACAGUGUCAAAAGAUACGCAAAUGGUAAAAAAUGAAGCUGCUUUUUGAACGUUGGUCAGAGUCAAAAAUUUCAAAAUCAACAUUUAGGGCUGCACGAUUAACCUAAUUGCAGUCGCGAUGUGGUCAUGUGCGAUUAAAUAACUGCAAAAAGUGUGCGAUUUAAGCAGAAAAAGUUAUGCCGAGUUUUGCAUGGCUGCCGAGAAUUGCAUGCAAAACUCAGCUACUGCUUUUAAACGCUAUACUAUCCUUCAUGGGAUUCAUCAAUGGUGACAAAUGAUUCGAAGUGGCCUAUAUAACCUUUUUUUUUUUUUUUGAACGUUUAGAGUUGUUAAUAUUUCGUUACACACAUUCAUUGAGAAUCAGCUAAAAUAUGUGGUGAUAACCGCGUUUGAUCAAUGAGCACAGCAAAGUGUCUGAAAAGGACUUUAAGAGGUGGAUGCAGAUUUCGCCAGAAGAGAUGUUGUAGGCUACCUGCAGAGAUUUGCAUCCAUCUCUCUUGUCAGCAUAAAUGAGCGUUAUCAGCCGCGAGGUGCAUGCAACUCUCAGCAGGCAGGAAGAAUUCGGCACAACACCUGUUGCUCUGUGACAGAGACAGUUACAGCAACGUUACGUGUCGUUGGCAGCUAAAGCGGCACGACAGAAGAAAACAGGGAUAAGAUAAAGAAGAUUUGGCUUUGGAUCGCUGGCCAGUUAACGUUAGCUGUAUUACUGCCUUUUGAUUUUCAACUUUUCCUAAAUCUAUAAAGCUGAUGUAAGUCACUUCUCGUCAACCGACCAAUCACAGCCUGGACGGGGCGGGACAUUAUGAAAAGUUUAUCGUACUACAGCAAAUCAUUAAAUGUUGAACAAUAUGAUUAUUGACAAGUUAAUACUUUUGCAUUAACAAAUUAGAGACCAAUAUAGAUCAUCUUGCUUGCAGAAGGAUUAAAUAAAUAAAAACAACCCACAGAAAUGAAUCAGCUGUAACUGGAUUUAAUAUUCAACUAGUGGUAAAAUAGUAAACUAUUAAAUGAAAUUAUAAUGAAUAUAGUAAUAUUAUUCUAAAUGUAUACAAUUAACUGAACAUUAUACUCUAUAUUUAAAGGGGACCUAUUAUGCUUUUUCAUAUUUUCUGUCAUUACUAUAAUGUUACAAUGUCAGAUGUUCACGUUAAACACGGCCAAAGCUUCAAAUAGUGUCAAAGUAUUUAAAAGAAAUCCCAUUGAGCCAAAACCUCAGAUAUCUCCCUGUUCUCUGAAUGCUCUGUUUUAAACAGUUUUUCUACUAACAGCCCUAUUUCUGCAGCAACCUGGUAAACACGUAAAACAACGGCCAAUCAGAAGACAGUGGGAUUUGGAGGGGGGGCCUUAAAGAGACAGGAGCAUCUACAGCUUGUUUCAGACAGAGGCUGAAAUGAAGGCCUGCAUGAAGAACCAGUAUAAGACUUUGAAUCAAGCAAAGCUGCCAUAGAGGAGUCACAGAACUACAAUAUAGGGCUGGAAAUGCAGUAUAAUAGGUCUCCUUUAAUGUUAUAAUAUUAUGCUAAUACAGUCAUGUAUACUAGUUCCUCCUCCAGGUUGUGGAUAGAGCCUGUGCAGUGGACAGAUGUAGAUUUAGAUCCAGUGUGCCAGUAUUUGCUCCUUUUAGUCGUCUCCUCCGUAAAACAUCACGCACCCCUUGUUCUGUUUUACUAAAGUUAUUGUUAUACAUAUUGGUUAUUUAACUUUGUCCAAGUAGAGAAAAACAUUUACCUUGACAAUCAAGCAAGUAGACUCGGUACCAUUUGUUCCCUUAUAAUGACAAUAUUGUCCACAAUAAUCGCAAUAUGACCAAAUUGUGAAGUUUGUGUUCUAGGUCUUAAAUAAUUUAACAAGGGUCUUAAAUUUUCAACAUCCAUGUAACACUAAUGCUCAUUGAAAUGCUCCCGAGGCGCUUUGGAAUGUUUUUUUCCUUGUUGAGAAUUAUUUUACAGCAUUAUAGCCAAAGUUGUUAUCAUUAAUUACUAGAGCGAUGGAUAAGAUUAACAUUAAGUUGUCGGGUUACAGCUCAGUCCUGUACUGCACAUCUCGAUAGUUAAAUUAUAAGAAAGGAUGUUGGUGACCACGGAGGAGCUGAGGUUAGUAACGUUAAAGCUAAUUAGGUAAACUGGUCCUUUUAAGCUAAUGAGCAGAUUAUUCUUUUGGGUUUUAAUGUACACAUGAAAUGCUUGUAAUUAUACAGAAGAGAGGUGGUUCUCAUGUUGCCUGUUUUUUAUGUUAAUUUCUACAAAUGUAUAAAGCAGUAAAUUUAGACACAAAAGGCAAACAUGAAUAAUCCUCUCUGUAAUAAUUCUGAGGUCAUGUUAACGGUGUUUUCCUGCCAUUAUAAGGCGAUGACGCUCAAAACUGCUUGGUGCUGCGCCAUGAAUUUAAAAUCAUUGUGGAGAGCAACAAAACUAAUCACACAGAUCUAAUGGUUAUAAUUCAAAUCCAGUAGACUUAUUUAGCAAGUUUAGCUUUUAGGGUGUAGUUUAUUCAGAUCUGCUCUAGAUUUUCCUACUUGUCAUUCACAGUGGUGGUAAUAACAGUGUUCCAAAAUUAUGUGGAAUUGCAUAUUUCUGUACUGGAAAAAAUUCUUGGGGGAUGACGACCAAACCCCCUGCACAUAAAUACCAUGUGAAAGCAUGUUUUAAUCCC